AUGGUGUUCUCGAAGCCUUCGUUCCAUUUUAGGUCCAGGGAUGCAGGUAUCAAUGCCAUCGACGUCGAGGCCUCCGACUCCGAACACUCCAUUAUCCGCGAUGGAGAUCUUGCGUAUACACUUGCGAAGGGAGGAAACGGAUCCAAGGCCGCAUACCAAGAGGCCGUUGGAGCGCCAGUUGAGAAGCACUCGCCUUUGGGAUAUCAUGUUGGAUGGUUCACCGUCAUCUUUCUUAAUGUCAAUCAGAUGAUUGGUACUGCUGCAUCCGUUCUGAAUGGUACCGGGUCUGUUGGUCUAGCAUUUCUCUACUGGACGAUCGGCUUCUUGAUGGCUCUCGCUGGACUCAGUGUCUACUUGGAGCUAGCCAGCUAUUUUCCUAACCGCAGUGGCUCUGAAGUCGUGUAUCUCGAACAAGCCUACCCACGACCAAAGCACUUUUUCCCCAUUGCUUUCGCCGUACAGUCUGUCCUACUUUCUUUCAGCAGUAGCAAUGCCAUUGUUUUGUCUCGAUACUUAUGGAGAAUCGCCGGGAAGUCCCCAUCUCCUUGGGAGCUGAAGGGUGUUGCUAUCGCCGCUUAUACCUUCGCUGUUAUCUGCGUCAUCGCACACAAUAAGUACUCCCUCUGGGCCACGAACAUCAUUGGCGCGAUUAAGAUCAUUACCCUCAUUUUCAUCUCCAUCACUGGUCUCGUCGUUCUUGGCGGCAACAUCGAUCACAUUCCUGAUCCGACUGCCAACUUUCGAAACUCAUUUGAGGGAACCACGGAUAAUGGUAAUGAUCUAGCCACGGCCUUAGUCAAUGUUAUCUUCUCAUACACAGGGUACUCAAACGCGUUCAACGUCGUCAACGAGAUCAAGAAUCCUAUUCCUGUGCUGAAACGCCAUGCGACAAUAUCAGUUGUCGUCGUCUCAGUGCUAUACAUGUUUUGCAACGUUGCAUAUUUUGCUGCAGUCCCGAAGGCUGAGUUUAGGACCGCCAAAGAAAUUGCUGCCGCCGUGUUCUUUACCAAGGUCUUCGGCACAGGACCUGCCGAGCAAGCACUCAACUUCUUGGUUCUCCUGAGUGCUUUUGGCAACCUCCUUGCAGUUUUGAUUGGUUCUUCUCGCGUCAUCCGUGAGAUCGGACGACAAGGCGUACUGCCGUGGACGGAGUUUUGGGUCAACACCAAGCCUUUCGGAACACCUAUCGGACCCUAUCUCCUCAAGUGGAUCAUGACUUUCGUCAUGAUUGCUGCCCCUCCCGCUGGAGAUGCCUUUCAGUUUGGUCAGCAUUUGCUCUUCCCAUGA